CAUCCAUCUCCCGAAAUGGCCGUCUCCGAGCUCGCUUGCAUCUACUCUGCUCUCAUCUUUCACGACGAUGAGGUUACGGCCCUGAACAAAGUAAACAUUGCUAGUCUCCUCUGCAAUGUAGGAGUUGGUGGACCUGCCCCAGCAGCUGGUGGUGCUGCCCCUGCUGGAGGUGCUGCUCCUGCUAGCACAGCUGCCCCAGCUGAGGAGAAGAAGAAAGAGGAAGCAAAAAAAGAAGAGUCCGAGGAGUCUGAUGAUGACAUGGGCUUUGGUCUGUUUGACUAAAUAUAUUUUUUGAAACAUUAAAUAAAAA